ACACUACGAGCACAUCGUACGACGUUGCCCCAACUGGCUCGCUGACGAGACGGAGUCGCGGGAGGGGGCAUGGUCGACUUUUGAUGGAAAGGAGGGGGUCGAACCACAGCUGGUUCCCACGCAACGUCGUCUAUGUUGUGCGUACGUGUGUGUGACAGCGUGUCGAUGUGUGCCGCGAGUCAGUAGAGUUCAGCGAACCGUCGCGUAGAGACAUUUCCGCCCACAGUAAAGAUGGCGGCUCCCUGGCUGGAGAAUCUAUCGGAGUCUCUUGGUUCUCCCGAGCCUGCCAUUCGUCUAAUAUUAUCCAUUUUAGUUGGAUAUCCCUUUGCGUUAAUCUACCGGAGUUUCUUGUUCCACCAGCCCGCCACCGUUAUCCACCUGUUCCACACCUUCUCCGGACUGGCCCUUGCCACGUUUAACUUUGCAGGUUCCCAAAUCUAUCAUUCUGCAGUAUGCAUCCUUGUUCAGUUCCUGAUGCUGAGGCUCAUGGGCAGGACGGUAACGGCAAUACUGAGCAGCUUCAGCUUUCAAAUGUUCUACCUGCUGGCAGGCUACUACUACACGGCAACAGAGGAAUACGACAUCAAAUGGACGAUGCCUCACUGUGUCCUCACGCUCAAACUCAUUGGUUUGGCAUUUGAUUACUAUGACGGCGGAAAAGAACCAGCGCAGAUGAGCGCACAGGACAAAAGCGCUGCUCUACCGAGCGUCCCCUCGCUACUGGAGGUGCUUGGUUUCUCCUACUUCUAUGGCGGCUUCCUGGUGGGCCCGCAGUUCACGUUGCGUAGUUACCAGAAGCUGGUGGCGAGGGAGCUUAGCGACCGCCCGGGAAACCCUCCAAACAGCAUGGUACCAGCUGCGAAGAGAUUCUCUUUGGGUUUUCUCUUUCUGGUCAUAUUUGCAAUAUUCAGUCCUCAUUAUCAAGAGAGCUACUACAUGACGGAUGAGUAUGAUGCUCAACCAUUCUGGUAUCGCUGCGUCUUCAUCAUGAUUUGGGCGAAAAUCAUAUUGUAUAAAUAUGUCUGCUGCUGGCUCAUAGCUGAGGGUGUGUGCAUCUUGACUGGGCUGGGUUACAACGGCAUAAAGGAUGGCAAACCCCAGUGGGACGCCUGCGCCAACAUGAAGGUGUGGCUCUUCGAGACCACGCCACUCUUCGGGGGAACCAUCGCAUCCUUUAACAUCAACACCAACGCAUGGGCAGCCAGGCAAGUGUUCAAGCGGCUGAAGUUCUUGGGCAACAAGAUGCUCUCCCAUUUGUCCACUCUGCUCUUCUUGAGCAUAUGGCACGGUCUUCACUCGGGUUACCUCAUGUGCUUUUCCAUGGAAUUCUUCAUCAUCACUGUAGAGCGAAAGUAUCAGGCGCUGGUGCGGGAUAGUCCAGUGUUGACCAGUUUGGUCAACGGCCCACUUUACCCGCUCCUCUACAUUCUCCAACAGUUCAUCCACUGGCUCUUCAUGGGCUACGCGCUGGUGCCCUUCUGCAUCUUCACCUACGACAAAUGGCUGAAGGUGUACUUCUCAGUGUACUUUUGCGGUCACGUCUUCUUCCUCGUAGCCUUUUUAAUCAUACCGUACCUGCGGAAGGCAAUGGUGCCGAAGAAGGAAGGCAGCUCGCACAAGCAGGAUUAAACGUUGGCUACAAAGGGGGCUGCUUGGUCAAAAUGUGCCCUGAAGGGAACUGUGACUUUCCAGAGGAGUGGAACAGAAAAUAUUUUAAGGCCUUUAGUAUAUAUAUAUAAUAUAUACACAUAUGUCCAUGUGAAAAUAAAUCUAUAUAUUUUUGUGUAAAAAGUAAGGGAGCUUUUAUAAACAUUUUUGGAUUAAUGUUUACAGGAAACGACCAAUGUGCCACAUGGGCUAAUUAAGGAGCCAGUUAAGGGCGACAUCCUGUUUAUUUUUUCGGUUCGUUAAAUCCUCUUGCACUCAACAGUCACGGGUCUGGAGCCUGUCGUUGGCCCCUAAUAAUUAUUUUUUUUGCCAUGAUUCUCCAUUUCUCCAAACAAGAACAGCUGCGGCAAACCUUCACAUGAGGUGGAAGCGAAUCGUCAAUGCACUUUUGGAAUGUAACGAUACAACUCUGCUGUCUCUCGCUUGGAAGAACAACAGUUGAACUGAUAGGUGUUAAUGUGUGAGGUCAACACAAAAGCACUGUAAUACACGCUCGGUAUCUCGCAAAAGUCAGCACAACUCUCACAUCGUAAAUAUUUCAUUCUCUCUCUUCAUAGGACUACACUUAAAGAAUAACACUAUGCUAUGAUGGAAAAUAGUCUGUUUCACGUUGAAAUUUGCUGUCCACUUGACAAAAAGAUGACAUUUUGAAGGCACGAUAAUAAUGUACUGUCUGCUCAAGGUGAGAAAAUUUUAAUAAAUUUAGUACUCUCGUUGGAUUCGAAGUCUUUUGCCAUCAGUAGGUGUUUUUCAUAUAAAUUUUGUUCUUUUGCUAACUACCACAGUACAUACUUUGUGUGUAGGCAUCAAAAAUGAGUGAAACACUUCAAUGAAAAUGUCCAAAAUUUUAAAAUAUAAGAACGUGAGAGCUGUACUCGCUUUUCUGAGAUACUACUACAUAUUAGGGCUGGGCGAUAUCUCAAUUAUUUUCAAUUUUUUAAUGAUUUCUUUUUUUGGGUUGUAUGUACAGGGUGGGGCAGAGUAACUUGCUUAUUUAAAUUCUGCGCCCCGAAGCGAUGGUUCCUCUGAGGGUGGUAGGGAUGGACUUAUUUGAGUGGGUGGGGCUUAAAGUUAGGUUCUUAACGUGCAUUAUUUAUUUUGUGUUUAUUUUUAAGGAAUCCCAGUGAGCGUCAUGGAGUGGACAAAUUGGAACGUGAUUUUGCUGUUGAUGCAUUUUUUUUUUUAAAUCGGUCACUCAAUUGUCCCAAUGCAACGUGCAUUCCGUAGACAUUUCAAUAUUGCCCCCUGUUCCACACUCAUCUGGUUCAGUGUUGGCAGGAAACACUCAUUGAUCAUGUUGACAUAACGGUCAGAUGUCACUGAUAAUUUUUGUUCGUUUUCUUCAAAAACCAUGGGCCAAUUAUGCCAACUCCAGAUAGUGCACGCCAAACACACAUCCUCUACACGUAUAGCGUGUAGAGGAUGUUGAGGAAUUUCUUUGGGGUUUUCAGGACUCCAAUAGCGCAUGUUUUGCUUAUUAACAGAUCCUUAAAAACGGAAGUGAGCCUCAUCACUUGUUGUUAGGCAAGCCCAAAAUCGCCUCACAUGCAUUUUCACGAGCAAUAAAAUCCGUGGAAUAAGUUCUUGCACCAUAACUAAAUUGUAGGGAUGAAAUUUCAAGUCUUUAUGGAGGAUUCAUCUCACAGAACGAGCAGACAACCCAAGAGGAGAUGCGUGUUUGCGGGCAGACCGUUGGAGAGAUUUCAAAAUGGAUUGUCUCACCGCGUCAAUGUUUUGGGGUGACCUUGCUGUUCAUGGAAUACCAGGUUUCUUUUUCUUUACUCAUCCGUUUCCCUGAAGUUUUUU